UACUUGUAUAACACAAUUUCCAUGACUUUGAUGGAGGUUUAAUAAUACUACUGUUACUGUUACUUCUGUUGCUACUCACACCAAUUCAAUUCACUUCAAAUUGCAAUCAUGACGCCCACUACCCUCAGCGUCGUGGUCAAAAACAACUCGAAUGCCUCGCAGCUCUACGCCUACGUCACCGGCCGCGCAGCCCAGGGCCUCUUCUUCCUCAGCGCCGACGGCACCACUCCCUAUUUCCCAACUUCGCCGUCGUCCACCUUGCAGCCUCUCGCAAAGGACUGCGCCGUGGCCAUUGGCGGGCCGGGCCGGAGCCGCACGCUGACGGUGCCGCGGCUGGACGGGGCGCGGGUCUGGUUCAGCCAAGAGUCGCCGCUGACGUUCUUUGUCAACCCGGGCCCGGCGGUGGUGGAGCCGUCGGCGACGAAUCCCGCGGACCCGAAUUAUGGGAUUAGAUGGGCGUUUGCGGAGUUUACGUUGAAUGAGGCUGAGUUGUAUGUUAAUGUGUCGUAUGUCGAUUUCUUUAGCGUGCCGGUGAGUCUGAGGUUGGAGAAUGGGGCGGGCAAGGUGACGAGUGUGGAGGGGAUGCCGGCGGGUGCGUUGGAUGAGAUUUGUGGAAAGUUGAAGGCGCAGGCGGGUGUUGAUAAGGCGGGAUGGGAUCGACUUGUUGUGACGCAGGCUGGGGGGAGUGGACAGAACUUGCGUGCUUUGAGUCCCAACUCGGGGAGGGUCAUGUUCCAGGGGUUAUUCGACGGGUAUUAUCGCCCAUACGUGGACGCCGUGUGGAAGAAGUACCAGUCGAUGGAUUUGGUGGUGAACAUGCAGUUCGCCGACUGGGGCAACGCCGUCGGUCGAGUCGAUGCCUCGGGCCAGACGCUCACGUUUUCCGGCGGCGGAGGCAGCUUUGCUAAGCCCUCGGAGGGAGACAUCUUCUCGUGCGACUCCGGGCCUUUUGCGCACGGGGCGGGCGUGUCGGACAAGCAGUUGAAUGUUGGAGCGCGGCUGGCGGCUGCGCUGAACAGGAGCACGCUGCUGGACGCGGUGCCGCACCCGGAGGGGGAGGACGUGAGCAUGUAUUAUAAGGAGGCUGUGACGAACCACUAUGCGAGGAUUUGUCAUGAGGUGAGUGUUGGGGGGAGGGGGUAUGCGUUUCCGUAUGAUGAUGUUGGGGCGACGGGGGGGACGGACCAGAGCGGGUUUUUGAAUGAUGGGGAUCCGAAGGUGUUGACGAUUGGUGUUGGGGGGCCUCUUUGAGGGGGAGUUUGAUGGAGGGAGAUGAGUGGAAGAAGAGGAUGAGGUGAUGAUGAUAUUGUAUAUAUGUAGAGAUUUGUUUUGGAUGUUGGGAUGUGUUGGCAUUGGUGGACUUGGUUUAUGGAUGUGAGACUUGUAUAUAUGGAUUGAGGUACAUGGUUUUUUUCAUUAUAUGUAUUAGUUUGAUGAUUUAUUUUGGUUAUAUGUAUGAGUUUGACUUCUUUUGUUAUAUGUAUGAGCACAUGAAUUGUUUUUAUUAUAUGGAUGAAUUUGCUAUAUUCUAUUCUAGUUCUUUGUUAUGUUAAGCUUCGGCCUAGACAAUCUCACGACGA